AUGGACCAGCUGGCGCAGCCGCUGCUCACCGCCGCGGUGGCCGCGCCCGCCUGGGUCUGCGCGCUGCCCCUGGCGUACCCGUUCCUGUUCGAGCGCGGUGCCAGGGAGCAGCUGCUGAGGCUUCUGGGCUUCGGGACCUCGCACGCGGUGCUCUGGAUGCAGCGCCAGUCCAUCGAGGAAGACCGGUACGGCGACCGCCUCCGGCGCGCCGAGGGGCUGCCCAUGGAGGGACGCAUGGACCUCCAGGAGCACAUCGUCUCCGACCACGAGGUGUUCAUCGGCCCUGCGCGCAGCGACCUGGUCACCCUGCCCACACGCGGCCGUGACCUCCUCCGCGACGCACAGCGCGUGGUCGAGCUCACGUACACCAGCAAGGCCACCCUGGAGGUCCAGUUCGCAGACGAGGGCGGCUUCGGCGACGGAGGGGGCGUCACCCAGAGCUUCUACACCACUGUGGCCUCCGAGCUCCUCGCCGUGGCCGACGGAGACACCGCUGCGCCUGGCCCGUGCGCCGCCUCGCCGCUGUGCGGCGCCUUCGGCCUGUGGACGGAGCACCUGCCCGCCAGCGUGACCGAGUACAGGGGCCGGACCUACCUGCACUCGCACCGCGGCCUCUUCCCGCGUCCGCUGCCCCAGGGGGGCGAGGGUUCCGAGUACGCUUGCGGGAAGUUUCGCUUCUUGGGCCGCUUGAUGGCAAAGGCCCUGCGCGACGGGUUCACCGUGCCGUUGCCGCUCUCGGGCCACUUCUUCGCCGCCGUCCUCGGCGAGGAUCUCCCGCUGGAGGCUCUCGCCUCGCCGGGCGACGGCUGCGUCGGCGAGUUCAUCGGGGCCGCGGCGAAGUUCUCAGCCGCCCUCCGCAGGAGGCACGCAGGGCUGGCUGGAGAGGAGCUGACCGCCGCGCGCACAGAGGCGGCAGGCAAGGCCGGGUGGGGUCAGGAGUUCUUGGGCCUCAGCGAGGGAGAUGCCAUGACGUGGAGCUUCGACCAGUACGUGUCGUCCUGCGGCGUGGUGUUCUGCGAGACUGGCCUCGGCGGCCCCGAGCUCUGCCCUGGCGGCGGCGCGCGCCCGCUGGAUGUGCACUGCCUGGAGGAGUUCGUGGAGCUUGCCGCACGCUGGUGGCUGCGGGACGGCGUGGCCGCCCAGGUGGCGGCGUUCCGGGCAGGCGUCGAGGACGUAUGCCAGUUCUCGACCGUCUGGGCGUUCGAGGCCAACGAGCUCGCGAUGUUGUUCUGCGGCGGCCACACCGAGUGGACCCGCGAGGAGCUCCUGCAGCACCUGCGGCCCACGGCCGCACUCGGCGCCCCUGAGCUGCAGCAGUUGGCCGAGGUCCUGGCGAGGAUGACGCCCACUCGAAGGGCACGGUUCCUCGAGUUCGUGACGGCCUGCCCGCGGCUGCCUCCUGGAGGCUUGGCUGCCGCCGAGAUCAGCGUGGCCCCCGCGAACCCCCCGGGCAGCCUGCCCAGAGCGAGGACCUGCACCAAGGAGCUCCGCCUGCCGAAGUACUCCAGCGCGGAGGAGCUGGAGGAGAGGCUCAACUGGGCCAUUGACAACGCCGAGGGCUUGUACGAGUACGACCGCUUGGGUUAG